AUGAGAUAUUUGCUUGCUCUUCUACUGGUGCUCUCCUCUGUCAGUGCCCAGACGUGGCCGAGAUGGGUUAGUACCCGCUAUAAAUACAAUCCUACCUCUGGAGAUAGCAAGUGUGCGCUGGUGAACGUAGUAGUUGACGAAUCCGGAUCAAUGGAGACAGAGCAAGCUUUCUUAAGAGAAACAGCUCUUCCUAAAAUUGCCGAAAGUCUCUACACGAUCUAUGGUUACGAUCACGUCUUUUUGAGUUCUAAUGGCUUUGGAGCUAGAAAUCUCGCCAACGUCAAAACAGAUCCUAUGUAUUUUCGUCACCUUGGAGCUUCCAGAUUCAAGCAGACCGCACCAUUUGCACCUGAGAAUCCUCAACUCCUUGAAUGGGUGAAUAACGGAAGUCGCGAAGAUGGGUACCAUGCGUUGAGAAGUGCCAUGUACUGGGUACCUCUUGUGAUUUCUGGUUACAAUAUGCAUGAAGAAUGCGCCACCAUCGAUAGAAAUUUGAUCUUGGUGACUGAUGAGGAUCGAGACAGCGAAAACAUAGGGGUAACUAUGGACGAAGUCCAGAGAUGGAUGGCUGACCGUGACUACAUUCUGAAUAUUGUCAUUCCAAUCAAUAUUCUUGGCGAACUUAACAAUCUUGGUGCAAAAGUUACCAGCAGUGGUUCGGAACUAUUCAUUGCAGAUGGCAGUGGAGGCUGGACCACCGAGCUCUCGGAGGCACCUUUCAACGAGAUUGCAGCGAACAAUCCGGAGGAAGGUACUUCUAACCCAGCGCAUACUGCCUACGAACAUUAUGUUCCAUUGAUUACUGAUACCGCGGGUGCAGUGUGGUGUGUUGACUCCCUUCGACGAGGGAUCAGAGAUGAGGAUGAAAAUCUUGCCCUCUCAUUUGCAAAUGCCUUUGUUAAUGUCAAGGCAGAAGAAAUUUUCUGCCUCUCCACCAAUUGUAACCCUACAAGUGGGCCAACUACUGCGCCUACUUCUGGACCUACUGGAGCACCCACUACAUCUCCGCCUUCUACUUCACCUUCGCGUUCGCCUACACCUGCACCUUCGGAUUCGCCCACAACGUCGCCUUCACCUGCACCAACAAGUUCGCCUACGACGUCGCCCUCAUCGACGCCAACGAAGAGCCCGGUCGUUACUACAUAUUCGCCUGCACCUACUUCUUCAGCUGCACCAACAACGAGUCCGGUCGCUUUCCCUGACUUUCCUGAUAUUGGAAGCCUCGAAGCUACCGAUGCAGGCAGCAAGGGAGAUCCCCAUUUCACAACAUGGCAGGGAGAGCACUUCGAGUUCCAUGGUCAGUGCGAUUUGACCUUGGCUAAAGAUGCUGACUUUGCCGAUGGAACUGGGCUGAACGUCCAAAUCCGAACCAAAUUAGUGCGAUACUGGAGUUACAUCAAGAGUGCUGCCAUUUUCAUUGGUGGCGACAUUCUGGAGGUCCAAGGUUCUGGUGAUAUGGACCGCGAAGUAUCGAACUACUGGGUCAACUUUGAAUUCCAAGGAAAGACAAAUAGCAUCGGAGGAUUCCCUUUGACCCUUUACGAUGACAAGUUCCCAGGCCACCCUAAGCGCAGAUUUGAGAUCGACUUGAGUUCCAAGUACCCUGGCCAAAAGAUAGUCAUCUCCACCUUCAAAGAAUUUGUCAAGGUUGACUUUGCGAAUCCUUCGGCUGAUGCCUUCGGAAACACCGUUGGCAUGCUUGGUAACUUCAAGAGCGGAAAGACCCUAUCUCGCGACCAAGCGACUGUCAUCCAUGACUUCACCGAGUUUGGUACCGAAUGGCAGGUGCUUCCAUCCGACGACAUGCUGUUCCAUGACCUCUCGCAGCCUCAAUUCCCUGAACCUUGCGUUCUCCCCGAGGAUCCUCGUGGUGACCGCAGACGUCGUUUGGACGAGUCUAAAAUCUCCUUGGAGCAAGCGGAACAAGCCUGUGCCACACUGAAUGAUCCCCUUUCAAUCAAGGAUUGUGUUUAUGACAUCUUGGCCACCCAAGACUUGGACAUGGUUGGAGCCUUCUAA